GAGGCGGCCCGAACAACUCGGCCCCUCGGAACUAGGAGCGAGGGGUUAGGAGAAACCGGGGAGACCAAGAGUUAGGCUUCGCCCUUUCCAGCCGGAGGGGCUCCCUAGGGCCAGGUCCACACUCGGGCAGAGGGCGAAUUUGGCCUCGCCCCAGCACAGCUGGCUGUCAAGAUCGGACCCCGCCUUUAGAGCAGACAGGACCACGUUUCAGAAAUUCGUGCCACCUCGGCAGAGGGAAAAUACCAGAAAGCGUUUCAGUCCAAAUGAAGAGAUUCGUCAGAAAUCCGCCCCUGGUGAAGUUGGAAUCUCCCACCCCGCUGGUGACGGAGGCGGAUGAGACGGGUUGUGCCUGAGCAGACACUGUGACUCAACAUUCUCGCUUGGACUUGAACCACCUCCUGUAGUUAGUACUUACUGGACACGCACAUUCAGUGGGCUGUGGAUUCCAGAUUUGGUGGCAGUGAUGGGAUCCAAAGUGAACUUCUGGCAGCAUUUGGGGACAACAAGAAAUACAGCAGCCUCAGACAAGACGACUUCCCUUUGGACCCUUUGAACACCUACGGCUGGACUUCAUUCAACUGCCACUUCAUAUGGGGUUCUAUGAAUAGAACAAAAUUGGAAUGGCUUAGAUCAUAAUGUUCCAUCACCAGGGCAACACUUCAGUAGGCUGAUCCAAACCAGUGGAUUGCAAAUAGGCUUUGGGUUGCUGCACAUUAAAGUCCUAAAAUUUUGGGAGCAGACCUAAGCUCAACCUUCACCGGGGAGCCAAGCCCAGCCAGACCUUCAAGCCAGCCAAGUUCUCAGACAGUAAGAAUCACUUGAUGACUGGUUUGUCAGCAUAAUGACUUCUAUGAACAGAACCAGUGAAAUAAUUACAAAGCUCAAAGAAAGCAAACAAUGUCUCCUGAAGGAGAUAAAUGAAAAGCGUGAAUCCAACUGCCUUGUGGAAAGAAGCAAUCAAGUCAGUUUACUGAGAGUUCAAAAGAGGCAUUUCAGUGGUGCCUAUAUGCCCUCAACUCACACCCAAAUCAAAGAAUACGUUCCUGAUAGUGGUAGGAGCUCCUGGGUCACACUGAGUCUCCUUGCUCACACGGAGAAAAAGCACUUUCCUGCAAAAAAUAAUGCCAUAUUUGGAUAAAGUGCAACUCCAGAGACACAAAGAAAUAUAAUCUCUUUGAUCCUUCUUCAAUGUCUGUCUUAUUUACAAAUAUUAAUUAUAAAAGAAGCAAAAAAAUUAUUCACUGGAUCACCAAGAAAACAUUUUAUUGUCACGUAAAACAUACCUUUAUUCAUUCUGAACCAUUAUUUAGACUUGGAUGUUCUGAAGAGGUUUUGAGUGAUUAAAGAUAGUUUCAAAGA